GUUUCUCCCCAUCUGAUGUCAACUGAACAUGAUCUCUUUGGUGUGCUGAGCUGCUAUUUAGUUCCAGGGAAGAGGUCAUUGCAGAGAGAUCAAACUUUUUACCAUAAGCAGAAUGAAUGCUGUUCCAUCAAGAAUAGAAAAUAUACCUGAUCACUGACAUGGAAGGUUAUUUUAAUUUGUGCACAUUAGAGAGGAAGAUGUCAUAAUAAGAUUAUGGUUAUGCAAAUGCUCAUUGCUGGCAAGUCUGUUCUAGCUAUAUAUAUAUGAGGUGUAGUCACUGUCUCAACAUUAUUCUGGAAAGCAAAGUUCAAGAUGAAGCUCGUUGCAAUAUCCGUACUGUUCUUUUUCGGGGUCAUCUGCAAAGCUGGAAGAAUUAAAACAUUUUAUGUUGCAAUUAAAGAAAUAUAUUGGGACUAUGCCCCUUCUAAGAUGAACAACAUAUCAGGAAAAUCAAUAGCUGAUGAUGAACACGCAUCCAUAUUUUUAUUGAAUAAUACAAACAGAAUUGGACAAAUUUAUAAGAAAGCUGUUUACCUACAAUACACUGACGACACCUAUAAAGUAGAAAUUAAAAAACCAAACUGGCUGGGAUUUCUGGGACCUAUUUUCAGAGCAGAAGUUGGAGAUACCAUCAUUGUUCAUCUUAAGAACUUUGCAUCUAGAGCAUACAGUUUGCACCCACAUGGGGUUGAGUACACAAAAGAGAAAGAAGGUGCACUGUACCCUGAUAACAAUCCAGAGGCGCUUAAGAAAGGUGCAUAUGUCAAGCCCGGUGAAUCUUAUACUUACAAAUGGGAUGCCGUGUUGAGCCAAGGGCCGACAGAAAUGGAGGAUGAUUGUGUGAUAAGAGCAUAUCAUUCUCAUAUAGAAACCACUCAUGAUGUUUACUCAGGCCUUGUUGGAGGCUUGCUAAUUUGCAAAGAAGGUUUCCUUGAUAAAGGAACGUACAAAUCAUUUGAGGAGUUUGUCAUGAUGUUUUCUGUGGUAGAUGAGAAUCUUAGUUGGUAUUUGGAUGAUAAUAUUAAAACAUUUUGUACUGACCCAGACUCGGUGGACAAAGAAGAUGAGAGCUUCCAGGAGAGCAAUAAAAUGCAUUCAAUCAAUGGAUACAUGUUUGGGAACCUCCCUGGGCUGUCCAUGUGUAACAACAAAAAAGUUAAAUGGUAUUUGUUUGGCAUGGGAAAUGAAGUAGAUAUUCAUUCUGUAUACUUUUAUGGACAAGUUUUAACCCUACAGCAUUAUCGUGUGGAUACUAUUAAUCUAUUUCCUGCAACAAUGGUCCAGGGUGAAAUGUUAACAGACAACAUUGGAAAAUGGCUUCUCACCUGCCAAGUUAAUGAUCACUUAGAAGGUGGUAUGCAGGCAAUUUAUGAAGUGAGAAGUUGCACAGAACCUACAAGGCAAAGCAAAUAUAGUCCACAAGCAUAUGUAAGGCACUAUUACAUUGCUGCUGAACAGGUUCUAUGGAAUUAUGGUCCAUCAUUAACAAACCAAUUUACGGGAGAGAAAUUAGACGAUCCUGAAAGUGACUCAGCAAUAUAUUUUGAGCAAAAUGAAAUGCGAAUUGGAGGGUCCUACAAGAAAAUUGUAUAUGUGGAAUACGAAGACGCGACAUUUACAAAACGCAAAAAAAGGUCUGCUGAAGAAAAACAUCUUGGAAUCCUGGGACCUGUCAUCCAAGCACAAGUAGGAGAUGUAGUAAGGGUAACAUUUAGAAACAAUGCAAAGCGACCAUACAGUAUCCAGGCACAUGGAGUGAGCUACACCAAAACCAUGGAAGGUGCUUCAUACAGAACCAGUGAAGAUGCUGAAGGUGAAUAAAGUUUUUGUUUAAACAAUGAUGCUUCCACUGCUGCUUCCCAUGUUGCUCCUGGAGGUACAUUCACAUAUGAAUGGGAUAUACCAGAAUCUGUUGGCCCGGAUGCUAAUGAUCUAAACUGCUUACCCUGGAUUUACUUCUCAUCUGUGGAUCCUAUCAAAGACAGCAAUACGGGCCUUGUGGGUCCUUUAUUAGUAUGCAACAACUUAAUUGGAAACAAACAGAUAAGUCACAAUUUCUUUAUGUUGGCGACUAUAUUUGAUGAGAACAAGAGUUGGCUACUUGAUGAAAAUAUAAAGUUUUUCACAAACAAUUCUGAUAAUGUGGACAAGGAAGACCCAGAGUUCCAGGAGUCUAACAAGAUGCACUCUAUAAAUGGGUAUAUGUUUGGAAAUCAGCCUGGUCUGGAUAUGUGUGUCGGAGAUACAGUCCUUUGGCAUAUGAUGGGCAUUGGGAAUGAAGUAGACAUGCAUGGAAUCCAUUUUACUGGAAAUACCUUUAAAGAUCAUUCAGGAAGAAGAGAUACAGCAAGCAUAUUCCCACACAUCUCGUAUUCUGUUACCAUGAAACCAGACAAUGAAGGUAUCUUUGAUGUGGAGUGCAUGACCGUAGACCAUUUUGUAGCAGGAAUGAAGCAGCAUUAUGGAGUUAAAGCAUGUCGGCUGCCGAUACCAGACUUUUCAAACAAAGUUACACAAACCUAUUACAUUUCGGCUGAAGAAGUAGAAUGGGACUACUCUCCAAAUCGCACCUGGGAGCAUGAGCUUUAUAAGAAUCACGAUAAGAGUCCCGGAGAUAUAUUUUUAAACCAAGGCAACUCAUUUAUUGGUUCGAAGUAUAUAAAGGCAUUGUAUCAGGAAUAUACUGAUAAAACAUUUGCAACACCCAAACAAAGAACUACGACAAAAGAACAUAUGGGACUUUUAGGCCCACUUAUAAAAGCAAAUGUAGGAGAGAAAAUUAAAAUCAUAUUCUAUAACAAGGCAAGCAGACCAUAUUCAAUGUAUGCCCAUGGUGUAAAAAUUGAUGGAGAUUACGUAGAGGCAGCUGAACCAGGUGAAACAAAAACCUACAUCUGGAGCAUACCUGCAAGGUCGGGGCCUAGCAGAAAAGGGGAUUUAAGCUGUAUAACGUGGGCCUACUAUUCAAAUGUCAAUCAAGUAAAGGAUACGUAUAGUGGUUUGAUUGGUGCUCUUCUGAUUUGCAAGCAAUCAUCUUUCAACAAUCAACCUCUGGAAAGGUCACAUUUGGAAUUCCCACUCCUUUUUAUGAUUUUUGAUGAAAAUCAAUCCUGGUACCUGGAUGAAAACAUUCAAACAUUUGCCAAGGUUCCCAACAGCGUCAAUAAAGAAGACGAAGAUUUUAUUGAAAGCAAUAAAAUGCAUGGUAUAAAUGGAAAAUUGUAUGCAAAUUUACACGGCCUCACAAUGCAAGUUGGAGAUCAUAUCACUUGGUACCUGAUCGGAAUGGGAAACGAAGUGGAUCUGCACACAGUGCAUUUCCAUGCACACAGCUUUCAGUAUAAGAGAGGUUACAUGUAUCAGACCGACGUGUUUGGGCUUUUCCCUGGGACAUUUCAAACUGUUGAAAUGAUUGCAGUUGUUCCUGGCACUUGGCUGCUGCAUUGUCAUGUGGCAGACCACAUGACCGGAGGAAUGGAGAUAACGUACACUGUACUGGAAGAAGAGAAAGGAACAAUUGGAAAAUUGAUUGAGCAACUGUCAAAAUCUUAAAAUAUUUCAGAAUUAAAUAUCCUGCAUGGCCUAAAAAAAUA